AUGGGCCAUAGGCUCGUACCGGCGUUUGGCGAUGGUCUCAAGGCGCUGCGCGGACAGUGGCGGCUCACCCGCCGUACGGUCGGGGCGAGCGCGGAGCUCAGACCGGUAACGUCGGCGCGUCGCGCCGAGCUCCGCUCCCUGCAGCGCCGCAUGGGCGUUCGUUUUCGUGACGAGCGUCUCAUGAACAUGUCGUUCUGCCACCGCUCCUAUACGGCUGAGGCCGGUGCGGCAAGCAACGAGAGGCUCGAGUUUCUCGGUGACGCGGUGCUGGGACUGGUUGUCAGUCAGUGGCUGUACCGCAGGCUGGACGGGCGGCCGGAGGGGGAUCUUGCGCGCGUCAAAUCGGUCGUGGUGAGCGAGGAGAGCCUGGCACGCAUCGCCAGACAGAUCGCCGUCGACCGGUAUCUGCUGCUAGGCCGUGGCGAAGAGCGGUCGGGAGGACGCGGCAAGAACGCACUGCUGGCGGACGCGCUGGAGGCGCUCAUCGGCGCCUGCUAUCUGGACUCCGGCCUGCACGCAGCGGAGCGAUUCGUGGAGCAGGUCUUCGCCGAGGAGAUCGAGGACGUGAUCGCCGGACGCCACCGUCAGGACUACAAGACGCUGUUGCAGGAGCUCUCCCAGAAGCGUUUUCGAGCCUUUCCCAAGUACCGGGUCGCCGAACGGCGGGGACCCGACCAUGAUCGGGUCUUCUCGAUGGACGUGGUGGUCGACGGCCGGCCGUAUGAGCCCUGCGCAGGAAGAGCAAGAAGCAGGCCGAGCAGCGCGUCGCGCGAUCGCCUACUCGGAGCUCGUCGGUGA